ACCACCACAACAGCCAUGUCAAGGCAAAGCAUUAUACCACCGCGGAAUCUUACUCUCACCGAGGAGUUGGAGAAACUAGAGCAAUCAAUCACACUGACACUACAAGAGAUCGACCACAAUUUUAGCCGCGCGCAUCAUAUUGUCACAGCAAGCAUCUUGCCUAUUGUAGAGCAAUAUGCAGAACACUCCAAAUCCGUCUGGGAAUCCUCCAAGUUUUGGAAACAAUUCUUCGAGGCCAGCGCCAACGUAUCACUAUCCGGCUAUGAAGAAGCUACUGUCGACGAGACCGCUACAACCGGCCAAGAGGACACCACCGCAACAACUGAACCCUCGGGAUACGACGAUACAGCCCACGCGCACGAUGAGUCCAUCCAUGAGCAAGACCGCUACGAAGCUUAUCAGCCAACCGGUCAUCAAGAGGAGCAUACACUUCUCAGCUCGCCCUCUCUAACGGGAAGCACCCCCCGCGCAACAUCCAAGACUCGCGCCGACCGCCCGCCCGCCUCAUUUGCAGAAUACUCCUCGCCAUACGAAGCCUUGAAACGGGAAAUCCACGGCGAGAGCUCCGAUCUACCCAGCACGCCAGGCAAACAGACAUUUCCACAAGCACUGUUCCAAAGUCCUGGAUCGUCACCGCUCCCGCUCGAUCCACGCUCGGGCCAUAAGCAGCACAACCACCACCAACACCAGCAACACCAACAACAACGAAGCAACGCAGACCCACUGCUGCAUAGAGUUCUCGAUAAGAAUUACCGCAUACAAGCAACGCCUCAUUCGCAGCAGCGUCGUCCGCGCUCGGCAACAACCCCCGGAACAGCAACCAGACACUAUCCUCCCCCCGCCGCGCAGCCCCGCUGGCGAGAUGACUCCUCGCCCAUGUCUUCGCCGCCCAUUGCCGCUCCGGAGCUGCACUCUGAAAUCUUCUCGUCCCCAGCAAUGCAGCGUUCUGCGCGUCGCACACCCGGAGUCAGCGUACAAACGCCGCUGAGCGUCCGAAAAACAGCUCGACCCGUUAGCGGCGGCGGUGGCGGCGGUGGCGACCCAUCGGGGAGAAUGGAUAUCGAAACGCCCCAAACGCAGAGAUAUAAUAAUACGACGACGAAUAAGCGCGAUGUCACUCGUGGACUAUGGGACAGCGAUUCUUCCGACGACGAUAUCGAUCUGGGCUUCAGCCCGCCAAAGACUAUGCAGUUCCAUGUUCCACAGAAUAAGCUCCUUCAGACCCCAGCUCGCGAAGCCAGCAAACGCAUCGUCGAGGACUUGCUCCUCACUGCAGGAGGCAACAUUACUGACGAUCUCGAAGGAGAUGAAGGGGAAGACAGCCCGUCUGUCGUGCGGCGGAAUAUGGAUCUGGACGAUAGCUUCUAAAAUAACCAACAGACAUAGUACUGUGCCAAAUGCAAAAUAUACAUCCUACUU